AUGGCCUCAGGACAAACCCUCGGAUUCAUUGGAUGCGGUAACAUGGGAGGCGCCGUCCUAAAAGGCCUCCUAAACAGCGCAUUCUCAACCAAAGACACCGAAACCACAGAAAAGCCAAUCAAUCGCUUCAUCGCUUGCACAAAAACCGCCAGCUCGGCCACCCGUCUACAGAACUCAAUUGCACCAGAGCACCAAGACCUAAUCAAAAUCGUCUCCGACCAAAAUGUCCAAACGAUGCAAGAAUCCGACAUAAUAAUUCUCGGCUGCAAGCCAUUCAUGGCAGAAGCUGUUCUAAGCGAAGAAGGCGUCCGCGACGCCCUAGCCGGCAAACUCGUCAUUAGCAUGCUAGCAGGCCCAACAUGUCCAACCCUAACCCUCCUCAUCAACCCAGACCCUAGCGCCGCUGAUCCCCCGCAUCUCAUGAAAGCGAUCCCGAACAUGGGUGCGCAGUUUGGGGAGUCGAUGACGAUCAUCGAGACUCCCGCGCCGACGAUCCCGCAAUCUAUGGUUGCGGCCACGGAGUGGAUUUUCAAGCAUGUCGGUGCGGUUAAGUACCUAGGUCCUGAGCAUAUUGGGUUGGCAACUGUUCUUGUUGGCGCGACUAUGGCUACGCUGACGCUUCCCAUUGAGGGAUUGUUGGAUGGGUGUGUUGCAGAGGGGUUUAAGCGCGGGGAUGCGAUGGAGUUGGUUUUACAGGGGAUUCGGGGGUUGUCUGCUGUUCUGGAAUCUGGACAACAUCCGGCGGUUGUUAGGGAGAGUAUUUCUUCGCCGAGGGGUUGUACUAUUCAGACACUAUUGAGUCUUGAGAAGGCGGGGACGAGAUCGGAUUUUGCGGAGGCUAUUAUUAGGGGGAAUACGCAUUUGAAGGAGAAGAUGUAG